CCUUUACAGAACGGCACCGGCAGAAAUUGCAAAAAUUCACAAUCCCUCUCCACAAACGAAAACCAUCUGAAAGGCGGUGAGACGGAAGCAGAAAAGAUACGCUAUGUGAUUGGAUACGCAGAGUUGGUAACAAAGUCACGUGACCCUCGGAAAGCUCAUUUCCUUGAGCCCUAAAGUGGUGUGGUGCUGGGGGGAGUGGAUCGUCGGUGCCAACCCUGGGAAAUCCGUGCUUUAAACCGCCUCCUGGGUCGCUCAACUCCACUCCUCCUCUCCCUCCUUCACUGCAUUUGCGACUCGUCCUGGGGACAUACAACGGUCUUUGCAGUCGAUUGUACCUUUUCCCUUCCGUCUUUAAUUCCACGGUUUCCGACUACCGUCGCUAUCACCCGUGCGGAGGACCACAGUCAUGAUGAAUUCCACGACGAUGGCGUCGCCCAUGGCGCACGACACGUAUUGGGGCUCCUUCGAGGAGAUCUCCAAGUACAAUGUGUCGCUCAAUUACGCCGAGAGGCUCUGGCUCGCCUGGUACACCUUCAUGCAGAAUGACAUCCUGGCGACGGGUAUCAUGUCGUUUACCAUGCACGAGAUUGUGUAUUUUGGGAGGUCAUUACCGUGGAUCAUCAUUGAUGCCAUUCCGUGGUUCAGGAAGUACAAGAUCCAACAAGACAAAAUCCCUACCCCCUAUGAGCAAUGGCAAUGCGCCCUCCUUGUCCUCAUCUCCCACUUCACUGUCGAGCUCCCUCAGAUCUGGCUCUUCCACCCUUUGUGUCAGUACUUCGGGCUCAGCACCUCUGUCCCCUUCCCUAGCCUCUACACCAUGGCUUGGCAAAUCGCAGUCUUCUUCGUCAUGGAAGAUACCUGGCACUACUGGAUGCACCGCGCCAUGCACUGGGGUCCCCUCUACAAGAACAUCCACAAGAUCCACCACCAGUAUUCCGCCCCCUUCGGCCUGGCUGCUGAAUACGCCUCCCCCAUCGAAGUCAUGGUCCUCGGUCUCGGGACCGUCGGUACGCCCAUCCUCUUCUGUGCCGUGACCGGCGACCUCCACAUCCUGACCAUGUACGCUUGGAUCUGCCUGCGCCUCUUCCAGGCCAUCGAUGCGCACAGCGGUUACGAGUUCCCCUGGAGUCUGCACCACUUCCUUCCCUUCUGGGCGGGCGCUGAGCACCACGAUGUCCACCACGAGCGCUUUAUCGGUAACUACUCCAGCAGCUUCCGGUGGUGGGAUUACUUCCUUGAUACCGAGGCUGGUCCUGAGGCGGCAAAGAAGAGGCGCGAGAGGAAGCUUGCCAAGGCGAAGAAGGCGCAGUAGACACCAUGCUGUGUGCUGCACCACCCCGAAAGUAAUUCGCACCAAUUUUGAAAUGUUUGGGACCCUUCUUCCCUUGAGCUUCCGGAAUUGUCGCCCGAUCAGCGACCGAGCGAACAAGGACCAUGCCUCCUUUCGUGCGUGCCAUUUCUUGCAUAUUUUUGCAUUGGACUUUGCCUCGGCUUGUCCACCGUAGGGAGGGUCAAGGACUCGGCGUCUUCUGGUUGCUUUGGUCAUGAGGUUAGACGCCAUCCUGGCGCUAGAUGAUAAAGAGAGGCGUAAUGGGCGGUAGUGGGAUUUUGUACAUAGCCUGCCGGAGGGACAGCCGGAGACUGAAGGGAAGCCUCGUAUGACACACGCUUUGCAUAUAUUAUUUGUAAUAAUGAAGAAGAACACUUAGUGGCAU